UUUCUUCCAUGUGACUCGAAGGUGAUUUUUUUUAUUUGGGAAUAUCAUCUGGUAAACAAGAUGGAAAAGCAUUGACUUGCCUGCAGGAACAUUAUGGUUGUGGGCCGUGCUGUCAACAUGAUUCUGAUGGACAUUUCCAAGAUCUUCUCCAUGCUGCAGCCCAAGGAGGAGGAUGAGGACCAAGAGUUGAUGAGCCAGGAUUUGAACAACGCUGUGAGCAGCGACAACGUCACUCUCCUCUCAGAGCUUCUGUCCCAGGAGUGCUACAGGAGGUCCAUUAAUGCACGAAGUGGGUGGGGGGUCCCAGUAACCCCCUUGAGGACCGCUGCUGCUGUGGGGCAUCUGAGGUGCUUGGAGCUCCUACUGGAGCACGGAGCAGAGAUCGACAGCUUGGACGUGAAGGCCCAGACGCCACUGUUCUCAGCUGUUAGCGGCAAACAUCUGGACUGCGUGGCGGCCCUGCUGAAGGCCGGAGCCGACCCCAACGGCAGCCAGUACAACAACUGCUCACCGGUGCUGACCGCUGCCCGAGAAGGAGACGUGGACAUCAUCCAAGAGCUGCUCCGCUUCGGAGCGGAGGUGGACGUCCGACCCAAAGUACCCGAGUGGGCGAGCAACGCCACAGCCUGCAGAGGGCCUCUGUACAUCUCAGCGGUGUAUGGACACCUGGACUGCUUUAAGCUCCUCCUCCUCCACGGAGCCAACCCCAACUACAACUGCACGGAUGAGAAGAUGCUGGCUCGGAUCAAGCAGCCAAAGACGGUCCUGGAGGUGUGUAUGCGUUACGGCUGCGGGGUGGAGUACAUCCAGCUUCUCAUAGACUUUGGAGCAGAUGUGUAUCUACCCACGCUUAUCAUUGACAAGACCACCAAGCAGAAUGAAGCAUUGGUCCUGCUGCUCAAAGAAAGAGUUUGCCCCAAAACUCUGAUGUCGCAGACUCGCCUCGCGAUUCGAGGACAGCUUUUCUUCAAAGAGCCUGCCAUUGACAGUUUGGACAUUCCUCUCAUCCUGAGGAACUACCUGAAGCACAUCCCCUACGUGCUCACCUGCUGCUCCAGCUAGCAGCAGAACCAAACCAAUAUGACGAUUCGUUAGGGGUGUCCAAAGUGCGGCCUGCAGCUACACAAUCUAAUAAUGCUAUUA